AUGGCAGAGCCCGCUCAGAAGAAGGCUCGUACCACCCGCACCUUCCUUUUCUCCUCAGAGUCGGUGAACGAAGGCCAUCCGGACAAGAUCUGUGACCAGGUCUCUGAUGCCGUGCUCGAUGCCUGCCUCAAGGUGGACCCGAAGAGCAAGGUUGCGUGCGAGACUGCCACGAAGGACAACAUGGUCAUGGUUGCUGGCGAGCCUUGGUUGGAGAUCACAACUGGGGCAAAGCUCGAUUACGACAAGGUUGUGCGCGGCGUGGUGCAGCAGAUUGGAUUCGACAGCUUCGUGGACGACCUGUCCAGUGUGGACAGCAAGGGCUUGAGCUACAAGAGCUGCGAGGUAUUGGUCCGGAUCAACAAGCAGAGCCCAGACAUUGCCGGUGGAGUGCACGUUGGCAAGGAUGAGAUGGACGUAGGUGCGGGAGACCAGGGGAUCAUGUUUGGCUAUGCUAGUGACGAGACCUCCGACUGCAUGCCUUUGACCCACUCUAUGGCAACACGGCUUGGCAAGACUCUGACGGAUGUGCGCAAGAGUGGCGAGUGCUGGUGGCUCCGGCCUGAUGGCAAGACGCAGGUGACCAUUGAAUACCUGCAGCACCCAGAUGGCUCUGUAGAACCAAAGAAGAUCCACACAGUGGUGAUCUCCACGCAGCAUGCUGAGCCGUCCAAGGCCAAGCGCACCCAAGAGUGUGCUGGCUACACUGGUGCAGAGAUGGUUGCCCCUAGCAUGGAACAGAUGAAUAAGGAGAUCGAGGAGAAGGUCAUCAAGCGAACGCUCCAAUCAAUCAAGCUGAAGAACGGCCAGCAGGCAAUCAGCCUCUAUGGCAGCCACAC